CUUCUUUUUUUUUUUUACCUAAAUUAAGUAGAUCAUGCAGUCGGACGAAGUCAUUUGGCAGGUUAUUAACCAGCAGUUUUGUUCCUACAAAGUCAAAACUGCCACUGGUACUUUCUGUCGUAACCAAUACAAUGUUACUGGUCUCUGUAAUCGUCAGUCUUGUCCUUUAGCCAACAGUCGAUAUGCCACCAUUAGAGAAGAAAAAGGUAUCGUUUACUUGUACAUGAAGACACCUGAACGUGCGCAUUCACCUGCAAAGAUGUGGGAAAGAAAGAAGCUUUCCAAAAAUUAUGCACAAGCUUUGGCACAGAUUGACAAGGAGUUGCAAUACUGGCCCAACUUUUUGUCUCACAAGUGUAAACAACGUCUUACCAAAAUUACUCAAUACCUUAUCCGUAUGCGUAAAUUGAAGCUCAAGGAAAAUGAUAGACCACAAUUAAUUGGUAUCAAAAAGAAGUUGGAAAGACGUGAAACAAAUCGUGAACGUAAGGCAGAGGCAGCUGCACGAAUAGAGAAAUCGAUUGAAAAGGAAUUGAUUGACAGAUUGAAGAGUAAGGCCUAUGGUGAUGCACCAUUAAAUGUCAAUGAAGAAAUUUGGCAAAAGAUUUUGGACGAAGAACUCGAAGAUGCUGAAGAAGAUGAAUCUGAUGAAGAUGAUGAAAACGCACCUGAAGAUGAAUCUGAAGAAGAGGAUGAGGAUGUCGAGUUUGUUUCUGAUCUCGAAGAUGAAUCUGAUAUUGAAGAUAUGGAAGAUGCUUUCGAAUGGGAAGAAGAAAAGGAAGGAAACGUUGCAUUGACAAACUAAAAAAAAAAACCUUUUCCUUUUUAUAUAUAUAUCUUUUUUUUUUUUUUCUGAAUCUUCUUGUUUUUUUAUAACUAUUCUUUUCUCUUACCUCUCCCCAAGCCAAAACACUGUAUGAUCCCCCCCUUCUACACAACUCCCUAUUCUCUUUUUCUUUCUAAAAAAAACCCUUACUUAAAAUAAAUAAAAAAUACUAUUAGAC